GACAACGAAGUUGCCCUCGACAACCAUGUUACCCUCGACAACCAUGUUACACUCGACAACCAUGUUACCCUCGAUAACCAUGUUACCCUCGACAAACAUGUUGCCCUCGACAACGCAAUUGCCCUCGACAACGCAAUUGCCCUCGACAACGCUAUUGCCCUCGACAACGCAAUUGCCCUCGACAACGCAAUUGCCCUCGACAACGCUAUUGCCCUCGACAACGCAGUUGCCCUCGACAACGAUGUUGCCCUCGACAACGCAAUUGCCCUCGACAACGCAAUUGCCCUCGACAACGCUAUUGCCCUCGACAACGCAGUUGCCUACGACAAGGGGAGUCAGAGGGAAUAA